AUGGCGAUCGCACAGUGCGCGGUGGUCCAGGGUGACUUGCCGGUCGACAUCUCUUGGUCCUUGAACGGUAGACCCGUGGGCGUCGACCUCGACACCCGGGACGUCCUCGUGAGCAGGAGCGGCAGGAGGGUCGGCACCCUGACCAUCGACUCGGUCGCGGCGCGCCACGUCGGCGAGUACUCCUGCACGGCCAGGAACGCCGCGGGCUCGGCCACGCACUCCGCGGUGCUCUCCGUGAACGUCGCCCCGGAGAUCGCGCCGUUCACCAUUGCCGAGAACCCGGCCAACUGGGGCGACUCGAUAUCCGUCGUCUGCGCGGUCUUGAAGGGCGACUUACCCAUCGAUAUCUCUUGGGUCUUGAAUGGCGAGCCCAUCGGGCCUGGGAACGCGGACGUCAACGUCUUGGCCACCACUAAACGAAACAGCAUCCUCAGCAUCGAUUCCGUCGCCGCUAGACACGCGGGGGAAUAUACAUGCUUGGCUUCGAACCGCGCCGGGGCCACCAGCCAUUCGUCCAUCCUGGCCGUGAACGUCGGGCCGCAAAUAGCGCCGUUCUCGAUGGGCGAGGGUCCGGCGAAUUGGGGCGACACGGUCACGGCCACGUGCACGGUCAUCAAGGGGGACCAGCCGAUGAGCAUAGAAUGGGCGCUGAACGGGGUGCCCAUCUCGGGGGAGUACUCGGACGUGACGGUGGCCACCGGCAAGAGGGUCAGCCUGCUGACGAUCGAGGCGGUCUCGGCGAGACACUCUGGGGAGUACACCUGCUCCGCCGCGAACGAAGCCGGCGGGACCAGCUACUCCGCCGCCCUGGCGGUCAACGUCGCGCCCCACAUAAGCCCGUUCUCCAUAAGCGAGGGCCCGGCCAACUGGGGCGACGCGGUCUCGGCGACGUGCACCAUCGUCAAGGGCGACUUCCCCGCGCGCAUCGUUUGGACCUUCGACGGCCGGCCCGCGGACCGCGUGCAUCCGGACCUGACCAUAAACCGCAUCAACCGGCACAUGAGCGUGCUGAGUAUCGAGUCGGUGGCGGCGCGACACGCCGGGGAGUACACUUGCGUGGCGGCGAACCGCGCCGGAAACGCCACUCACUCGGCCGUCCUCGUGGUCAACGUCGCCCCUCAAAUCGCGCCGUUCACCAUGAGCGACCUGCCCGCCAACUGGGGAGAGGCCGUGUCCGCCGUGUGCACGGUCUUAAAGGGGGACCUGCCGAUCGAGGUGUCGUGGGCGUUGAACGGCGUGCCACUAGCCGGGUCCGAUCGGUACCCGGACGUGAGCGUGUCCAGCACCGGGAAGAGGGUCAGCCUGCUGACCAUCGAGGCCGUGUCGGCGAGGCACGCCGGAGAGUACACCUGCACGGCGGCCAACCUGGCCGGGGCGACCAGCUACUCCGCGACCCUGGCGGUCAACGUUGCGCCGCAGAUCGCGCCCUUCUCCAUCGGGGACGUCCCCGUCAACUGGGGCGAGCGUAUCUCCGCCGUCUGCAACAUCGUGAAGGGCGACUAUCCCAUCCGGAUCCGGUGGAGUCACGACGGGGAGGAGAUCUCGCCGGAAACGCGACCGGACGUGGCCGUGACCAAGACCGGGGAAAUGAUAUCCCUAAUCAGCAUCGACGCCGUGACCGCUCGCCACGCGGGGGAGUACACCUGCGUGGCCAGCAACGACGCAGGGUCGACGAGUCGCUCGGCGAUCCUCUCGGUCAAUGCUCCAGUUGCUCCGCAAAUCGCGCCCUUCUCCAUCGGGGACGAGGUCGCGAACUGGGGCGAGCAGGUGUCCGCGGUGUGCAGCAUCCUGAAGGGCGACUCGCCCAUCGAGAUCCAGUGGAGUCUCAACGGAGAGGAGAUCUCGCCGGAGACUCAUCCAGACAUUUCUAUCGCCAAAACCGGGAAGAUGAUAUCCGUGCUGAGCGUCGCCUCCGUGACGGCGCGACACGCCGGGGAGUACACCUGCGUCGCCGGGAACCUCGCCGGGACCACGAGUCGGUCGGCGACCCUUUCGGUCAAUGUCGCGCCGCAGAUCGCGCCGAUUUCCUUCGGCGAGGACCUGGUUAACUGGGGCGAGCAGGCGUCUGCCGUCUGCAGCGUCCUGAAGGGCGACUUCCCAAUCGAUAUUCGGUGGAGUCUGAACGGGGAGGAGAUCUCACAGGAGUCGCACCCGGACGUAUCCGUGACCAGGACUGGGAAAAAGACCUCCUUACUGAGCAUCGACUCCGUGACCGCGCACCAUGCCGGAGAAUACACCUGCGUCGUCGGAAACCUGGCCGGAACCACGAGUCGGUCGGCGACCCUUUCGGUCAAUGUCGCGCCGCAGAUCGCGCCCAUUACCUUCGGGGAGGAGCUGGUUAAUUGGGGCGAGCAGGCGUCUGCGAUCUGCAGCGUCCUGAAGGGCGACUUCCCAAUCGAUAUUCGGUGGAGUCUGAACGGGGAGGAGAUUUCGCAGGAGUCGCACCCGGACGUAUCCGUGACCAGGACUGGGAAAAAGACCUCCUUACUGAGCAUCGACUCGGUUACUGCGCGCCAUGCCGGGGAGUACACCUGUGUCGCCGGGAACCUUGCCGGGACCACCAGCCGGACGGCCGCCCUUUCGGUCAAUGUCGCGCCGCUGAUAGCUCCCAUAUCCUUCGGGGCCGAGCUCGUCAACUGGGGCGAGCAAGUCACCGCGGUCUGCAGCGUCCUGAAGGGCGACCUCCCGAUCGACAUCCGGUGGAGUCUCGACGGCGAGGAGAUCUCCCCGGAGACACACCCGGACGUGGCCGUGACCAGAACCGGGAAAAAGAGCUCCAUGUUAGGCAUCGACGCCGUGACCGCGCGACACGCCGGGGAGUACACCUGCGUGGCCGGCAACCUUGCCGGGACCACGAGUCACUCGGCGACCCUGUCGGUGAAUGUCGCGCCGCUGCUAGCUCCCAUAUCCUUCGGCGCCGAGCUCGUCAACUGGGGCGAGCAGGUCUCCGCUGUCUGCAGCGUCCUGAAGGGCGAUUUCCCGAUCGAAAUCCGGUGGAGUCUCAACGGCGAGGAGAUCUCCCCGGAGACGCAUCCGGACGUAGCCAUAAUCAAGACCGGGAACAUGAUAUCGCUGAUGAGCGUGACCUCCGUGACCGCGCGACACGCCGGGGAGUACACCUGCGUGGCGGGAAACCUUGCCGGGAGCACGAGUCACUCGGCGACCCUUUCGGUCAAUGUCGCGCCGCAGGUCUCGCCCAUAUCGUUCGGGGACGAGCCCGUGAACUGGGGGGAGCAGGUGUCCGCGACCUGUAGCAUCCUGAAGGGCGACUUCCCGGUCGAGAUCCAGUGGAGCCUGAACGGAGAGGAGAUCUCCCAGAGGACUCGUUCCGACGUGGUGAUCACGAAAGUUGGCAGCAAGACUUCCGUGUUGACCAUUGACUCCGUGACCGCUCGGCAUGCCGGGGGAGUACACCUGCGUCGUCGGAAACCUGGCAGGGAGCACGACUCGGUCGGCGACCCUUUCGUCGCGCCGCAGUUGGCUCCCCUGUCCUUUGGAGACGAGCCCGCGAAUUCGGGGGAGCAAGUGUCGGCAACGUGCAGCGUCUUGAAGGGCGAUUCCCCCAUCGACAUCCAGUGGAAUCUGAACGGGGAACGGAUCUCCUCGGGAACUCACCCGGACGUAUUGGUCACGAAGAGCGGGACGAAGAUCUCCCUGCUGAGCAUCGACGCUGUGACCGCGCGCCAUGCAGGGGAGUACACCUGCGUGGCGAGCAACCUGGCCGGGACCAUCAGUCGGUCGGCAACCCUGGCGGUCAAUGGUACCGUCAGCCAUCGGAAGUAG